AUGUGGCCGGCCGGAGCGGGCACUAAGCUGCCCUGUCCCCGGGACUCUGCGCUUCGGCGGGCAGCUUUCUCCGGGAACCUCACCGCCCUGCCUUCUCACCUCGUGCCCGCCGGCCGCAGCGUCCGGGUCUUCAUCAGCGCCAACCCUGAAGACACAGGAGCAGAAAGACAGGCACUAAAGGAAAAUGUGUAUCCUAAACUGAGAGAAUUCUGCAGAGAAAACUAUGGACUGGAAUUUCAGGUCAUAGAUCUGUACUGGGGAGUUGAUGAAGAUGAAUGGGACAGCCCAGAGCUCCAGAAGACCCGCAUGAAGCUGCUAGAGGAUUGUUUGAAAACUUCUGCAGGUCCAUGUUUUGUUGGACUAUUAGGUGAAAAAUAUGGGAACAUCCGAAUCCCUGGAGAAGUUGAAGCCUCAGAGUUUGAAAUGAUUUUGGAUGCUGCCAUAGAGGCAAAGCUGGAGACCAAGUUACUGGAAGAGUGGUACUGUCGAGAUGAGAACUCGGUGCCAGCAGCUUAUUACCUCAGACCCAAAUCAGAAAUGCUGAAAAGCAAUAAAAAUGCAAUGCAGCCUUCUGCCAAUUCUGAAAAUGAAAAGAAAUGGCAGGAGAUAUCAGUUGAGAUCAAGAAGAUAUUUAAGGCUGCUGUGAAGCUGCUACAUGAAAAGGGAAAAAUGAAAUACAGCCAAGCUAAGAGGUACCUGUUCUCAGCCAUAGAGGAUGAGUUUGACUUCGCCCUAGGAAAACAAACUCCAGCAUUCCUGAAGAAAUGUGUUUGCUACAUUAGGAAAAUUGCUAACAUUGAGCGUUUUGUGAAGAUCCCAGAGAUGGGAAAGUACACGGAUAUAACGGGAACAGAACCAAGGAUUAUUCGAGACCCUGAAGCCCAAGAGAAGCUGAUAAAACUCAGGGAUGAAUUUAUCCCUACGAUUGUGGCAUCAUCCAAUCUGAGAGUGUACACCUCGGUUACUCAUUGUGACAUGAAGCUAGGCUAUUCCCAAGAAAUAGAAAAUCAUUACAUAGAAGGACUUGGUAAACAGUUUUAUGAGGAUAUGAUUGAUAUAAUUCAGGCCACGGUACAACAAAAUUUUGACACUGAAACUGAUACCCUCUAUGACGAAAUUCUUCAGCAUUCUUCAUUGUGUAAAACAUAUGCUUCCUUCUAUGAGUACAAGUGCGAAUCUCUAAACAUAGUGCAUAAAUACAUUCUUCCAAGCAAAACCGGGCCCAUAAACCCUCUUAUUGUAUAUGGUGGACCAUGCACUGGGAAGACUCUUCUGCUAGCUGAAAUAGCAAAGAAGGCUUAUGGCUGGCUACAUGAAGACACGGGACCAGAAUCUGACCCAGUCAUAGUUAUGAGAUUUCUAGGAACCACAGACAUGAGUACUGAUCUUAGGACUCUCCUUCUAAGUAUUUGUGAACAGUUGGCAAUUAACUACCGGUGUCUGGUUCAAAGCUACCCCAAAAAGAUCCAUGACCUCCGUGACUUAUUUAUAAACCUUUUGAAUGAGUCUUCACUGCAGAGACCUCUGGUAAUAAUAUUCGAUGCCCUUGAGCAGCUCUCAGAGAGUGACGAUGCCAGGAAGCUUUGGUGGCUCCCUGCUCACCUGCCCCGCUUUGUACGGAUCGUCCUCUCCACACUGCCCAACAAACAUGGGAUCCUGCAGAAACUAAGGUGCCUUAUCCAUGAAGAAGACAACUACAUCGAGCUGAUUCCACGGGACAAGAAGAUGUGCAGCCAGGUCCUCAAACACCAGCUGCUUCGGGUCAAAAGGAAGGUCACAUCAGGCCAGCAGAUUUACGUGAACAAUGCCUUCUCCAAGUGCACGCUGCCGAUGUUUGUGAACCUGACCUUCAGGGAGGUGAGACAUUGGAGAUCUCACAGAGAUGUUGAUGAAUCUUCCCUCUGUGUUACCGUUCAUGAAAGUAUAGAGCAGUUAUUCUGGUCCUUGGAGAAGAGGUGUGGUCAGAAGCUGGUCUCCAGGGCUCUGGGCUACAUCACUAUGGCCAAAGUGGGCUUGAGUGAAAUGGAACUGGAGGAUGUUUUAGCCCUAGACAACACGGUUAUGAAUGAGCUCAAUGAGAACACCAGGCCCAGCAAUCCCCUGAGAGUACCUUAUUUGUACAUUGCAAGGCUCAAGGAAGGCCUUAGUGGAUACUUAAUAGAGAGACACGUGAAGAACGUCACACUCCUGGUCUGGGCCAACAGACACCUGCAGCUAAUUGCACAGAAGCUGUAUCUGCAGGAUAACAGUAACCUGCGUGAAAUGCACACCAUCAUGGCAGAUUAUUUUCUGGGAGUCUGGUCAGGGGGCAGGAGGAAAGCUUUCUGCCUCGAAGACCCCUACUUGAAUGGCUGCCUGGACUUGGAGAGCAGAAGCCUGCUUGAGGAAGAAAAGCACUUCAUGGAACAGGCUUCCUUUGACAGGCAGGCCCCAGACCAGCCCUGGGUUUUCCAGUGUAAUCCACUGGAGCCUGAUAUCUUUUUUGUCAAUCACCGGAAAAUGUCUGAGCUUUUAUACCACCUGACGAGGUGUGGGAAGACCGACGACCUGCUUUACGGCAUCAUCAUGAACUUCAGCUGGCUUUAUACCAUGAUCAAAAUUGGCCAGUUUGACAAAGUGCUUUUAGACAUCGAGCUGGCUUACAGCCACUCACAAGAGAAGGAGCUGAAGUUCCUGGCCAGCACCCUCCGCAGCAUCAAAAACAAGGUCAUUGCUUUUCCUGGCUCCCUCUCAGCAGAGCUUCAGCAAAGGCUACUGCCUGUUGUAAGUUCCCUGCCCAAACUUCGACACCUUCUUUUAGAAUGUGACAAAGACGGGCCCAAAUAUUGCUCCAUUGUGCCAUUACAUUCAUCCAUGGAUGUGACGUACAGUCCAGAGCGUCUGCCGUUGUCAUCUAGUCACCUGCAUGUCACAGAGAUUUUGCCUACCUGUAACCCCAGUACUGUCCUCACAGCUUUAGAAAAUGGUUCCAUCAGCACUUGGGAUGUAGAAACUCGCCAGCUCCUCAGGCAAAUCACCACAGCCCAGUCUGUCAUCCUGGGCAUGAAACUCACCAGUGACGAGAAGUACCUUGUAGUGGCUACAACAAAUAACACCUUGUUGAUUUAUGACAACUUAAAUUCUUGUCUCCUGUCUGAAGUGGAAAUCAAAGGAACCAAGCAUGGAAGUGCCUCUACCUACAUCAAUGGAUUUACACUGUCGGUCAACCAUGCCCUUGCAUGGCUAGAAGCCAGCAAAGAUGUCACUGUCAUUGAUCUGCUCUACGGAUGGCCCCUUCACCAGUUCCACUGCUGGUACGAAGUGACCUGUGUCCAGUGCUCUCUGGACGGUAUGUACGCUUUCUGUGGACAGUACCUAAACACUACCACCAUAUUUCACUUAGGGAGUGGAGAAAAGCUAUGUACUGUGACAUCUGAAUUCUCAGGUGGCUUUGUAAAGUUUCUUCUGAUCUUGGACACAGCUCAAGAAAUGGUGAUGGUAGACAGUGAGGGGAGUCUUUCUGUUUGGAAUACUGAGGAUAUUUCCAACCCCCAACUGACUGAUGACUUCGACUGCCGAAGAGAAGACAGUGAGGUGGUCAGCAUUGAACUUUCAGAGGACCAAAAUGCAGUUCUGAUUUGUAAAGCCCUUAGCAUUGAACUCUUAGACACUGGCAUGUGGAAGGUGGCUGAAAAGUUCAGAGCCAAGCACAAUGAGCACUUUAUAUCUGCCGUGCUGUCCAAAAAUGGAGACUGCAUCAUCGCGACCAUGGAACAUACCUCAGCCGUGUUUUUUUGGAGGCGAGACACAGGACAGUGUAUGGCAAGCUUACAGGAAAUCUCAGGUACCAUAGUUAAGUUGGUUAAAUCUAGUCACCACAACAUGCUGCUGUCUUUAUCUACCAGUGGUGUUCUUUCUAUCUGGGAUAUAGAUAUAAUCACAGCUAUGUCCAACAUAGAUAAGACUGGAAAACCCAUCCAAAGUCUGGUGUUACCUGCUAGAGGGGAAAUAAUUUACUCUCUGGAUGGCUCUGACCGCGUUCAUAAGUGGAACUUCAGCAAUGGGUUCAUUGAAGCAGUAUUUAAGCACGAAGGAAUAGUUGAACACUGUGUAUUGACAUCUUCUGGAGAUAUCAUGGUGACAUCAGAUGACAAAAACAGCCAGUACGUCUGGCACACCAGCAGUGGUGAAAACCUCUUCCGAAUUAAUGGACAGAGAAUAUCUCAGCUGCUAAUUACACACAAUGACCAGUUUGUGGUCUCACUCUGUGAGGAAAAUGCCUCAAGGGUUUGGAGACUGGCCACGGGACACAGGGUCUGCAACAUUCUGACCACUUUGCAGAAUGCCUUUAUAACCUCUGCAAAUACCUUCGUGGUGGGGAUGACCAAAAGCAAAGUGCUGGCGGUCAGUCUUUGGACAGGAAGUAUCACUAAGAAAUUUUGCUGUGAAGAUGGGACCACCAUUGUGAAUUUUAAAUUGAUCCCCGACUGUCCUGAUGUCAUAGUGUUUAUUACAUCAGCUGAGACUGUGAACCUCUGGAGUCUGACAGACGAAGUCAUCUGUCGACGUGUGCAACUUCCCAACAACUUCUUGAAAAAUCUAGAGGACUUUGAAAUUUCUCCCAAUGGAAAGCUAGGCAUUAUAUCUAGGGGAGAUGAAAACAUCAACGUGCUUGAUUUACACAGUGGGAAAUUACGAGUGGUUCACGCCUCCGGGAUCAUCUGGCGGCAGAGGCUGUCUCGAGAUGGCCGCUACCUGGUGUACAUUUGUUUCCGAAAUGGGGAGGAGGAGGAUGAAAAUGGUGCAGUAUCCAGUUUAAUUGUAAUGAGGUUGGCCGAUGGCAAAAGUAUCGGUGCUUGUUCACUUUACAAAACACCAACUUUUCUCGCACUCUCACAAAGGCACCUGAACAUCAUUGUGGGCUUUGACGAUGGGAGUAUUGGGAUAUACACAGUGGUGGAUCGCGUAGAUGCUGCUCUGAAAAUUAAAAUCGCCACUUCUAAUAGCAGACAGAUUUUCAACAAUGCAGCACAGAUAUCCAGGCCGAAGUGUAACAGUUAUUGUUUUAAAGUGUCUGUGGAUUGCUUAUGGAGAGAGUCUACUGAGGUCUUUGCAAGAGACAGUCCUAUCACAGUGAGUGACUGCACAGAUUCCAAUGAAGCAACACCUUCCAAGAAACACAAUUCUUGUUAUGAUCGCGUGAGCUCUGCCCUAGAAUCCAGGGGCCACAGCUUUGCCCCUGAUAACUGACGAAAUGUUUGUCCUGGUCAACAGUACACGUACAAAAGAAAAAAAAAAUGUCUUCUGUAUCCCAAAUGACCAACUACUCAUUUCUUAUAAAACGGGAAAGAUUAUGGAGUUCCGGUGUUUUAUUAACACUCGUGAACCGUACAGAAAUGUGAAAUUGGUUUUGGUUUCAGUCUUUUUUGUCAGUUUAUCCAGAAAUGAACUUUUGACAGAGAAUUUCUAGAAAAUGUAUUUAAAUGGCUACUUUACCUGAAAGUUAUAGGGUAGCUUUAAAAUUAGCUGUGUGAUAAGAAAUUACAUAAUUCAUUGCAUUGGUUCAGAUGAAAAAGGCCAGAGUUACAUACAGAUGAUUUGGAUUGGAAUUGGGUCUACAAAAAUAGGUUGACACCAUGAAGACAGAGAUGUUUGACUUCAAUUAUGUGGACAUAAGUAAACACAGCCUUAAUCUCUCCUUACAUUUUACAGUCCUGACAACUGUGUAAACCCACUCUGCAGAUGGAAGGUAUAAAGGUGCAAUAUAAUGUAACAAAAAUGCCCAGAUGUAUUCUCCAUUUCCCAAGUGAAACCAUGUGAAAUGGGAGGCCGUGAACUGGACUGGGACAAGAACUAACUACAAUUAUCAUAGGGCUACUGAACAUGGAGAGUCGGUCUUCAUUAAAAGUUGCAACUGCAUGCAAGGGUUUCUACAUAAUGGAAUAUGUGGUUUUUAAACUUUCUUUCCUGGGUUGCAAAAGAACGUGUUUAAUAAGAAACCACAAUCUUUUCCUGUCUCUUUUGGAAUGCAUAUUUGUGCUGGGUAUAAAAAGAAUUACCAAAAGGGCAUUACAAAUUUGUUCAAAACUCCUGUUCAUGUCUAUCACUGUACUACCAAAAGUCUGUACA